CCUUCAUACAUUCAUUGUCCAGACACGACAAACCAGUCUACCAUUUGCUGUUUACUUCAAUUCCUGAUAUUGCUUUUGUCAGCGACGGAGAAGGGAUGCCAAAACCAUGCUCUGAUCGUUCCAUGUGGGCUCCACCAUAGAGCGUCGACUCGGGCAGCACAGCAUCCCGCCCUGCCUAGUGGCUUGAGCUCUGGUCUAUCCACCACUAAUUCUCAUUCCGCGAUUCGCUGACGGUAACUCUGUCAUGAAACCCCUUGAAUCUUUUGGUCCAGGAACGCUAUAGGCCUCAUUCCACGACAACAAGCCAAGGUUAUCACAAUAUAUAACACCACCCGCCUCAGACAAAUGCCGAGGAUAUACCCGAGCAGUAAUCAUGAAAGAGCGCUCAAUUGAUUGGAACCCUUCAGUGCAUACACCUGAUAGUGCAAAGAUCGUCAUCUCCGGUGGAGCUACGGAAACCCUGGGGUAAUCGCAGCUCCGGUGGAGAGAUUGAAAUUAGCCGUCCGCUAUUAUUAUGUUUUUUCACGACAUCCCAUACACGCAGGUGGGAAGCCCGAUGAUCUUGAGGUUAUAUCAGUGAACCCAUACCCAUCUCCGAUUCUGUUCACUGGCUGCAGACAAAGACGACUCACAACAAAUAUGCAUUUCUUACCUUUCUUACCAGCGAUAGGUCUCAUCGUGACGGCAACGGCCGCUGUCUUACCCCGGCAGGACAACCCAUACGUUGGAUAUCUCCUGUCGACCUUCACAGACGCAGACCCUCGUGUCUUCUGGUACCUCUCUACCGCCGAGAGCCCUUUGGCUUUCACUCCGCUUAAUGGCGGAGAGCCGGUUCUUGGGUCAACUGUUGGUACUCAGGCAGUACGUGAUAUAUUCUUGACUUCAAAUGAUGACAGGUCGGAGUAUUUUGUGAUUGCCACGGACCUCGAUAUCAACGCGGAUGGGUUCUCCUGGGACGAAGCAACCCGCCGCGGAAGCCGCGGGCUCACGAUCUGGAGAUCUGAGAAUCUAGUGGAUUGGGCUGAGCCUACACUUGCAAUUAUCGAAGACGAAACAGCCGGAAUGGCCUGGGCCCCCUCCGUAAUCUACAACAGCACCGAAAGCCAAUACUACCUCUUCUGGGCCUCUCGCCUCUACGACGCAGCUGACACAAACCACGGGGGAACCGCAACUCUUGACCGCAUCCGCUACACGACGACCACAGACUUCGUCACCUUCGCUCCUCCCGCCGACUACGUCGCGCUCGACAGCGCGAACAUUCCCCUAAUCGACCAAGAGUUUCUCUGGCUCGGCGAGGACGGACACUACGUGCGUUUCCUCAAGGAUGAGAACGUCCUGCACGUCUACCAGGAAACCACCACAGACGGAAUAUUCGGGGAGUGGACGCGGUCCCCGGGGUACAUCGAGGAUGGAAUAGUCUACGAGGGCCCCGCGGCGUUCCCCGAUAUUGCCGAACCCGGAAAGUACCACCUACUGCUGGAUAAUUAUGUCGAAUAUGUACCCUUUGAAACCAGCGAUGUCGCCACUGCAGCUUGGACGGCGUCAGAUCGAACGGGGUUUCCGGUGGGGUUGAAGCAUGGCAAUGUGGUUCUGGUGACGCAGAGUGAGUAUGACGCCAUCGUGGAGCGGUACGGAGGAUAGAUGCGCUCGCUUAUCUCCUGCUCUCGAGAUGGGAUGUCACAAGCUAUAGGCCCGGAGGUCAUAAUGUCGGGGGAAGCUGGGUGGGGGAUCGACAAGCCCCGUCGGGAUAUUUCCGCUUAGGGCUGGGCUACUUUACUGCUAAAUGGACUUGGAUACUGAUGGCUUCAGCAUGAAACGUGAAGAUAUUGGGCCAAGGCCGCACUAUUUAUCCGCUGAAGAAAAUCCUCCGUCAUGGCGCUUGCAGUAGUAGACAGAGAUAGGAC